AAAACGCACCGGAAGUGGGUCCGGCGUUUCUUUCCGUCGGGGAGGGCAACGGCCGAAGACCAUUUCGGCUACCCGUGCGGCGACUUCCCCACGGCUGCUGAGUCCACGUGGCGGUGGCGUGGGGACGCUCUGAAAGCAGAGCGGCGGGGCGCCCGGAAGUCGUGAGUCGAGUCUUCCCGGCCUAAUCCAUGCCGGGUUGGAAGCUGCUGUCCCAGGUCGGCGCCCAGGUGCUGGGUCGAGUCGGGGACGGCCUGGGUGCUGCCUUUGGCCCGGGGAACAGAACACACAUCUGGCUUUUUGUUAGAAGUAUUCAUGGAAAGAGUGGUACAUGGUGGGAUGAGCAUCUUUCUGAAGAAAAUGUCCCAUUCAUUAAGCAGUUGGUCUCUGAUGAAGAUAAAGCCCAAUUAGCAAGUAAACUAUGUCCUCUGAAAGAUGAACCAUGGCCUAUACAUCCUUGGGAACCAGGUUCCUUUAGAGUUGGCCUUAUUGCCUUGAAACUGGGCAUGAUGCCUUUAUGGACCAAGGAUGGUCAAAAGCACGUGGUCACAUUACUUCAGGUACGAGACUGCCAUGUCCUAAAGUAUACUUCAAAGGAAAACCAUAAUGGAAAAACGGCAGCCCUGUCUGUAGGAGGAAAAACUGUAUCACGUUUUCGUAAAGCUACAUCCGUAUUGGAAUUUUACCGAGAACUUGGAUUGCCGCCAAAACAGACAGUUAAAAUCUUUAAUAUAACAGAUAAUGCUGCAAUUAAACCAGGCACUCCUCUUUAUGCUGCUCACUUUCGUCCAGGACAGUAUGUGGAUGUCACAGCCAAAACUAUUGGUAAAGGUUUUCAAGGAGUCAUGAAAAGAUGGGGAUUUAAAGGCCAACCUGCUACGCAUGGUCAAACGAAAACCCACAGGAGACCUGGAGCUAUUUCAACUGGUGAUAUUGGCAGAGUCUGGCCUGGAACUAAAAUGCCUGGAAAAAUGGGAAACAUAUAUAGGACAUCGUAUGGACUGAAAGUGUGGAGAAUAAACACAAAGCACAACAUAAUCUAUGUAAAUGGCUCUGUACCUGGACAUAAAAAUUGCUUAGUAAAGGUCAGAGAUUCUAAACUGCCUGCAUAUAAGGAUCUCGGUAAAAAUCUACCAUUCCCUACAUAUUUUCCUGAUGGAGAUGAAGAGGAACUGCCGGAAGAUUUGUAUGAUGAAAAUGUGUGUCAGCCUGGUGCACCUUCUAUUACAUUUGCCUAACAUCUUUGGAUAUGGCAGAACCUUACAUAUUCUGUGAGCUUCGAUGAGCCAGAGUGAUAUAAUCACCACCAGAAAUCAUAUUCUCCUUUCUUAGUCAGAACAAAAUCAAACAUGUCAUCUUCGUCAAGGGCAUAAAUAUAUCAUUCAUACGCCCAUUAAAUUUUGUUAGAAAAUUUGCCA